UUUUUUUUACCCCGUGGUUCUAUGACAACUUCCGUUACAGAAAACCCGGAAACGUGUUCGGAGUUCGAAAUUUCAGUUUUCAUUUUGGACAAAGUUUUAUUUCGUUAUAUGAUGUAAAAUAUAUAUGGAAUAUAUCGGGGCAUCAUGAUCUUCGGUUGCUGCUCCAUCUGUGCAUUUCUAGUGCUGAUUAACAAAGUGUGUCUGCAGGUCACAGUAGAGGGAUUUAUUGGCGGCUCUGUUGUCCUGCCGUGCUCUUCAGAUAAACAUGAUCAUAAACUUCAAGAUAUUAAUGUGCUUUGGAGAAACAAAGACAGUGAGACUAUUUAUAAUUUAAUUAAAGGUAAAGGUUCAGUAGAGCGACAGGACCCACAGUACAAGAACAGAGCUGAAACUUUCCCUGAGGAGUAUGAGAGAGGAAACUUCUCCAUCAAACUCAUCAAUCUUAAUCACACUGAUGCAGGACAGUUCAGCUGCUUCAUCACACACACAGAUGAACUUUGUACCAUACAGCUGAUCAUCAAUGAAUCAACAGAAGAAAAAGGAAACAAAACACAGAACAAGAAACCGAAGGACCAAAAACACUGCCAGGGUGGAUAAAGAUAUUGAUCUGUGUUUUUACUGUAUUUACU